AUUUAUAUUGAUUAAAUUUAUAUUGAUGAAAUGAAUGAAAAUGAAUAAGACCGAUGAAAGUGGGUAUUAAAUGAUAGGCCAGAGGGGAGUUUCUCACAAAAGCCUUGAUUUUUUUUCAAAUAGUUACCAUUGUUAGGAAUACUUGAAAAAGUUACUCUAAAAUCGACGGCAAGAUGAUUUCCAGUAAUUUCAAGAAUUACGGACUGCAUGUCUUUCUAAGCUUCUUUACUUGUUUACGAAGUAUUAUUCAACAAAUAUAGGGUUUUGGGUUUUAAGUUGUCUUCCUGCAUUGUCAGAACCAAUUGAAAUAGAAUGACUUUUGUUGUAUGUACAUACAUAUGUAUGUAGGACUCUUUUUAGAGCGACUUUACCCAACAGCGGAAUUAUAUAUGUAGUUUUACAGAAAAGCAUUUUAUUUACGUAUAGUGUAAUAUAAUGGAAAGAACAAAAACGACACCGCAACAAACAAGCUGGCAUGAAAAUAAAACAACAAAUUUGAAGGACAAUAGUGACUGAACGAAAACAUAAAACAAAAGCGUUCUCGGCCGCAAAUGAAAAUAAAAUAUGUGAAAAUAUUGUACAUACCAUAUAUGUACAUAUACAACAAUACAACAAAAACCAAAACGUAAACCACAAAUACAAGAAUGUUUGAAUAAAACUGAAAAUAAAGCCGAAAAACAGCAUACAAACAUCGGAGUAAAAGUAAAUUAGUGAAUCACAACAUGAGACAUAAACACACACACACACGUCCAAGAAAAAGUAAAAUGCAACAAAUAUAACAACACCAGACCAAACAAGAGUAAACCAAAACAAAUAAGCGAAUUAAUUAUGCAUACAUAUGUACAUAUAAAUAUACAAAUAUACAUAAUUGUUUCAAUGUUGGUGAAUUACAAUUAAAGGACGCCUUUAAGAAUUAAUCGUACACAAGUGCUCAUAAUUUUUUUUUAUAAAAUCGGUUAAAUUGCGAUCGGCUUUAAUAAAGACGUGUUCAAAUGAAAACUUACAGUGGAAAAUAAUGAAAUUCCCUUCACGUAAUAAUAGCAAAAGCUCUCCAAUAAUAGCUACAGCGCAUAACGCUGGCGGUAGUAGUGGCAUGCGCGCAUCAAAAUACGCUAAUGUGCAUAAGGAUACAAGUAAGGACACUGGAAAGGAUCGACGCAUGCCCAGUCUGUUAGCCAAUGCAGUGAAAAUGAAAAUUACAAAAUGUAAUGCCGCCAAAUUGCCCAACUCCACGAAUGCCAAUAAAAGCUUAGCCACGGUGACCAUGUCGAGUACAACUGCAAAUACUUUUAAUAACAAUAUGUGUGAACUAAUGAAUGAGAAUAACAGAAUGCCACAUUUAUCAAGCUUUCAAGUUUCUCAAGAAGCGAAAGGAUUAGAAACAUUGAAUAAACUCUUUCCAUCAACACAGAGCGCUAGUAGUGAGUGUGGUGAUUUGAAUACAAGAGAAAUGAAGUUUCAACACAUACAACAACAAUUACAAUAUUUGGGGCAGCAGGAUCGGCUAUUGGUAGAAGAUAUGCAAGCUUAUGUGGCAAAAACAACAGAAAAAGCAGCUGAACAGCGCGAACACUUCAAUGCGAUGCCGAACGACACAAGAGUGACAGGGAACGGAGGUAUAUUAAAGGAAGAGCAAAGCACUUCACCGCAGCCAAUGCUGAACGAGCAUGCAAGGAUCGUAGGAAAACCUACAACAAAGGAAUUGACUGCGCCCAAAGUUGACGCAGCAGAAUAUUCAAUACAGUCGUCACAGCAACAACAACAAAGGGCAGAGACAGAAGAGAAUUGUGCACAGGCGAGAAACACGAGCGUACAUACAACAACACCGCUUACUUUUAUAAACUCACACUCACACAAUGGAUCGGUAACACCACUGUCACCACCACCACAAGCGCACACAAAACCAACACAUUUACAAGCUGAACAACAACAACAGAAAUCUCCUGCGUCACUGUCAUCGUCGUCUUCGACCGCUAUGCCUUCGUCUUCGUCUUCUCAUUUGGCUUCGUUGCUUGCACUGCCUGCUGCUUCGCUGCCGUCAUCGUCUUCUGUAGCGGCAGCGAUCGUGUCCGCGUCGCCAAUAAGGUCCGCAACACCAAAACUCAUAUCAGUUGUCAACGAAACAUCAAACCAAACGGUGUUACGUACGAUCGGUGAAGCCCGAACAACAUCAACACCAAAAUCUGCCACAGUGAACGCUUUAGAGCAAACUAUUGAUACAAAAACAAAAACACCCACAACACUUGCAGCGACGGAUGCUUAUUUUGAAGUGAAAUUAGAGAAUAACCAAAUCGACGAAACGGAGAAUCCGCAACAGCAACAACAACAAAGUAGUGACGUUGUUGAUAGAGAUAGUGCCGUCAACACGGAUCACCCACAAAUACAACAACAACAGUUAGCGUCGCGAGAUAAAAAUGCCAAAAACGUUGAUAAGUUUAGAAGUGCGAUAACAACGUCUACGGCGUUAACAAAAACAAAAACAGUAAUACCGACCGCUGCCGUGCCGCCGGUUGUAACCACAAAUGUCGCACAAAUAUCAGUUAUCAACAGUAAUAACAAUAAUAAUAGUAGUAAACUAAGUGUUAGUGUAAACAAUACAAAUUCAAGUGAAACAAAAAAUUCGAAACAAAGUGAUAAACAACAACAAGAGCAAAUAUCUGUAGAGCAACAACAAAACGAUUUAUUGCCAUUAAACUAUCGCGGUGUAAAUAAUUCUGUUAUUAUAGCUAACGUUAAUAGUAAUAGCAGUAACAACAACAACAACACGUCGCACUACAUACAAGAGGAGCAACAGGCAACGGCAUCAGCGACGACACUGCAUGAUCAGCAACUAUUAGCAGGUGAGCAACAAUUGGCCGUUGAGUCGCCAUAUUUGCGGUACGCUCAACAAUUGUCGCAGGAUAGCACAAGUGAAGUGCAACAACAUCACCAGCAACAACAACAGCAAUUGCUGCAACUCACAUCUAAUAUACUCAACGGUGCUGAUCCCAAUUUAAAUUUGGCCGUCGCCACUGAAUUGCAGCAGCAACAGCAUCACCAACAUUUCUUCACCCCUUACAACAACUGUGCAUACGAUUUGUCGCGACAUCAUCAGCAACAGUUAUUGCAACUUGAUCAACAACAACAAUUACACCAGCAACAGUUUUCCAAAGAGGUGCUCGAUAAAUCCGAUUUAAUUGCCUUACAUCCCUCACAUUUACUAUUUACUCAACAUCUGACAACGGCGUCGUCCCCCUACGUACACUCACCACCGCCGCAUUUACACCCGCAUCACGCACAUCACCCACAAUUCAUAGACGACAAUAUGCGUAACAAUUUCAGUCUAUACACCUAUGGUGGCAACCCCCACGAACAUCUGCACCAUCACUCAAGCACCGGCGCUGCACCCAGCAACAUCGACGAGGUCAUACAAGACACACUAAAGGAUGAGUGCCUCGAGGAGCAUCAAGCGGGUGUCACCUACUGCGCAUUAACCACCGUGGCAGAUCUCAAGGACCCAUAUCAUGCACAUUCGCACAUGCUGAGUCCAGCGGAGCAACAAGUGCUGACACCCACUCAGCUGCAUCAGCUGCAUGUGAACACACAACAACACAACAAUUCGGUGAGUUCGGGUGGUGGCUCACCCUCGCCCACUGCACUCUCGCACGGUGGUGCUGCAGGCGAAGUGUCCAACUUUACGCAACUUACCAACGCGACCACCUACCGGGACCUGUAUGGCAGUUUUGCCACCGAUCCCACUGUUAUACCACUCUUUCCGUCCUCGCUGAGUCCAGUUCUAACGAGUUAUCCCGGAUCACUGUUGACAUCGGCCACCAAUGGCAUGCCACAGUAUGGUGCAGUCACCGCCGUUUCAUCCGCCUCGCCUACCCAUCAGCCAGCACAUUCGGCCGCUUCCACGCCGGGCGCACACACAACCAACUCCGUCGUAGUAGCGGGCAACACGGGUUCGGGUUCAAACUCCAUCACCAACGAUGACUACGGCUCGCCGAAAAGCAACACUAGUAGUAAUGGUGCUGCUGGUUGUGGCGCGACCAACAACAAUACCAUUGCUGGUGGCAGUGGACGUUUGCCUGCAUUUCAACGCAUCUCCAGUUAUGGUGGUGGUGUUGGUGGUGCGGGCGGUGCAGCUGUCGGAGUCGGUGCUGCUGUGGCGAAUGUCAGCGUCGGUGGUGGCGGCGCCGAUCGUUACACAUCGUUGACAAAUUAUCGCACAAACGACACAUGGCCAGGUCAUUAUGAGGCAAUUGGUUACGCGCCCACUUCGGUCGUAACGAGCGCAGCCGGCCUAGUUGGCAAUACGAAUGUCAUACGCAGCUGCAAUGGACGCACGGGCCCCGGCGUUGGGGUGGUUGGCGUUGGUGUGGACGGCUCCACAUCAGCCAAUUUGGCGGCUGCUGCGGCACAUUUGACUGCAUCCGCCUCGUUGACAGCCACAUUUUACGAUGCCGAUUUUAUCACCGACGGGCGAGAAUGUGUCAAUUGUGGUGCGGUUUCAACUCCAUUGUGGCGCCGUGAUAAUACCGGACAUUAUCUGUGCAAUGCGUGCGGUCUUUAUAAUAAAACGAACGGCAUGAAUCGCCCCUUAAUAAAACAGCCUAGACGAUUGAGUGCAUCCCGUCGUGUCGGUCUUUCCUGCUCGAAUUGCCUCACCACACACACCUCUCUCUGGCGUCGCAAUCCCAGCGGUGAGCCCGUUUGCAAUGCCUGCGGACUCUACUUCAAAUUGCACAGCGUGAAACGUCCCUUGAACAUGAAGAAGGACACAAUACAGACACGCAAGCGCAAGGCAAAGGGUACCAAGAGUGACAAGGCCAGCAAAAACAGUAAAGCAAAUCCGAAUGCCAACCAAUCCGCUGAUACCAAUAACGAACUAAAACAAUUAACAACUAACUUGCAACAACAACAAAAACAGCAACAGCAAUCGCAGCAGCCGCAACUCAUCCAACAAAUGCAAUUGAAGCAAGAGUCACAAAGCAACAACACUGUCUUAACGCAUACGGCACUGAUGUCGCCAACAACAAAUGAUGGCAGUGUCUCACCGACAGACACCAAAUCACCACUUAUGGCACUAUUGCCACCAGCAUCACCGCUAACAAAAAUGGAGAAUGUUAGUCCAAUGCAAGAACAACAACUCAAACAAGAGCAACAACAGCUACAACAAUCAUACAAUCAGAAAAUGUCACCAAUGACACAUGCCAACUCACCGAUAAUGUUUUCAUAUACAUCGCCGCCACAUAACGGGCAUUUGAAUAACAAUAGCACUUCAUAUAACAACAACAAUAACAAUAAUAACAACAAUACGUUAAAUCUUAUGCAGAAACAACUGCAGACUCACCAAUCACAACAAUUACAGAACAUCCAACAGCAGCAACAACAUCAUACAGCACAUUCUCCGCGCCAUCAACAACAGCAGCAACAGCAACAGCAACAGCAACAAUUAAUGACACAACAACUUAUGCAUCUGAUGCCACCACAUUCGUCUCCCUCCACAACGGUAUCGAUGCCACCAACGCCGACUACGCCGACCACACCGACGACGCCAACGCAUCAUCAGCAACAACAACAGCUGCCAUUACAUCAGCAAUUAUCACCACUGCAGGAGCAACAGCAAAGACAACAAAUAUUUCAACAAUUGAUGCACAAACAUCAGCUGCAAUAUGACCAACAACAGCAUUUGAACAAUAUGUGCAGUCCGCUACAAUAUCAUCAACAUUACCUUCAGCAGCAGCAGCAACAACAUCAACAACAUCAACAACAAUCAAUUGAACCGCAUAGUCCAGCUGGUUCAGUGUCGCCGGCGCAUUCGACUUUCGGUGAAUUGGUGCCGCUCCACGAUGAGGAUAUUCGUAUUCAACAACAACAACAACACCACCACCAACACUCGCACAACUCCCAUUUGCUGGCACAAGAUGUGGCGCUCAGUCGCAGUCCAUCAAUGGAAGAUGACGAAUUGAUGAUUGAGCUGCACCAUCAUCACCAGCAACAUGCCAACGCACAAUCGAUGGCCUUGCAUCUGCAGCAUCAGCAAAACCUCUUCGAUUUGCAUGAAUACGAACGAAAAUACGAACGCGAAGCUGUGGUGAAGACGGAGUGAACGAGCUGUAAAUAGAGAAUGAGCAUCAAAGAGAAACCAAAGAGUGGAAUUUUAACAAAUGUGUGUGCUUCAUUUAUAUAUGUAUAGGCGUGUAUAUGUGUGGAUGUGUCUGUGUGCAAUAAGGCUUACCAGCUAAUUGUAUGUAUGUACAUAUGUAAUAAGUAAAUUAUGUGUAAAGCAAGUGCAAAUGUUUUAAAUAAGUCCUCAUGAAGCACAAUUCUCCAAAGCAAAUCUAUAACUAAAACGGUACAAUAUUCAUAAUUUUUCAAUGCAUUUCAUUGCAUAUAUUUAUUAAAACAAAAACUAAAGUUUGUGGCAAUUUAUGGAAAAUAGAAAUAAUUUGAAAAAAAAAAAAUAAAAUAAAAACAAAUAUUUAUAAACAUUAAGAGAUAUAGAUACGUAAGCUAACACAAAUUGGAUUUCAUCUAAAGUCUGACGAAAAGCAUAUUAAAUAUUCCAAAAAAAUUUUAAAUCGAUAUUAAAUGUAAGUUGUAUUUAAGAAAAAUAUGUAUAUUAAAAAAAAUAAUAAUAAUAACAAAAAUACAAAUCUUUCUAGCAUACCAAAACAUAAUUAUACGAAUUUCUAGUUGUAAGCUCCUUUCGCAAAAUCGCUUUGAGAUUUAUUUAAAAAGACAAAAAAAUAUUUGUAUACACUCUUGACAUUCUAUUUGUAAAAAAAUAUUAAUAUUAAUAAUCUAUAUUUUAGUUAAGAAUAAGUAACCUAUAUGUAUGUAUGUAUAUUCGAUUCGUAAUUUUGUAAAAUCAAUUUUCAUUAUUUUCUAAUUUUUGCAAAGAAAUCUCAUUUACCCUUAGAAUCAAUACUUAUAUUUUAAAACAAAUGUAUACAAAUAAAUAUUUUUUAAUUAUUUUGUUAAA